UGCCGCUGGCUGCUGCAGGCGUGCUAUCGGAGGUAGCGGAGGCACCUCUGGGGAAUGCCUGCUGCAUGGCCGCCCUCGGUCUUUUCUCCUUCUUUUUCUUUCGCUGCACAUUGUUUUGUAGGGACCGUGCUCCGCGGCGGGCUGUCCUAGCUGACUGAGCCCGCCCCAGCGAGCGGUGCGGUGGGUCCGGUGCGGCGCUCUGCUGCGCCGGGGAUGCGGCCUGCUUGUUAAAGCUCCCUCAACCACUCCUCCGACCGUGAUGGCUGAUGAUCAACAACAAGCUGACCAGAAGCCUGCCUCGGGACUCGGCUCUCUUCCAGCGCUGGUGCCGGGACUCCAGGGACCCGAAGCGAACGCGUUACAGUUUAAAAUCAAGAAUUCAAUUUGCAAAUCUGUACAAUCAAAAGUGGACAGCAUACUGCAAGAUGUUGAGAAGUUUACAGACAUCGAAAAGCUCUACCUCUACCUUAAGUUGCCUUCUGGUCCCAUCAGCGGCAAUGACAAAAGGACUGAGAAUGAGAGGGGGUCGUCCACUCCUGGAUUAUGCGAUCAGAGUUCCAUGUCGUCGAGUCGCACUCAGCAGAUGUACGCGUUCAACUGGAUACGGAAUCACCUGGAAGAGCACCCGGAGACAUCCCUCCCCAAACAGGAAGUGUACGAUGAAUACAAGAGCUAUUGUGACAAUCUCGGCUACAAUCCAUUGAGUGCAGCAGACUUCGGGAAGAUCAUGAAGAACGUCUUCCCCAACAUGAAGGCACGUCGACUCGGGAUGAGAGGAAAAUCCAAAUAUUGUUAUAGCGGGUUAAGGAAGAAAGCUUUUGUUCACAUGCCGUCGUUACCCAACUUGGAUCUGCAGAAAUCAGGCGAAGGGUGUGAACUGAUGGAGCCGGCCGGACAGUCCCCGAGUGCUGAAGAUGAAAUGAGGUCAGCAGCCUGCGGUUUGGUAUGCGAGUGGGCCCAAAAGGUCUUGAGUCGUCAGUUUGACAAUGUGGAGGAUCUGGCGCGCUUCCUGCUAAAUAGCCACUAUAUCGGUACCAAGUCCAUGGCUGCGCUCACUGUUAUGACGGGAACACCCACAACAGGCAUGAAAACGCCAACCCCGGCCUCUGCGUUUGUGCCCACAGCUGAGGCCAACUCCUUCCAGCCCCAGGUGAAGACCCUGCCCUCACCCUCUGUCGAUGCAAAGCAGCAACUGCAGCGAAAGAUACAGAAGAAGCAGCAGGAGCAGAAGCUGCAUUCUCCUUUACCCAGCGACGCCCAAGUCAAACGAACGGAGGUCAGCACCCCGGGCCCAACCAUCCCCUGUGGCAGCCCUGCUCUUCUGUCCCCUCAGCCCACAAUAGGCAUCGUAGUAGCAGCUGUGCCCAGCCCAGUCACGGUACAGAGAAGCAGGCAGCUAAUGACUUCUCCGAGCCCUGUCGGGACAACUGAGGGAAAAGUGCUGCCUGUGAACUUAGUGGUCACCCAGUCACUUAAGCAGUCCCCCAAAACCCCACAGAAUAUACCAGCGAGUCCCGUGGGGGACCGGCUGGCACGGCACGGUACCAGGUACGCUCAGAUCCUGCCCAAGCCCGCCGCCACCAGUGCCAUCACACUUCGGUCUCCCCCCACCCUGCUCAUUACCAACAGCCCCAUAAAAACUGUGAUGCCCACUCCCCACGUCAGCUCGGUCAACGUGGUCAAGAUGACGGCCAUCGCGUUGGCUCCCAGCAGCAGCAGCAGCAGCAGCAGCAGCAGCAGCAGUACUACUAGCAGCAGCGCCGUCGUACGCCCCGCCUCGACCGGGAUGGGCGCGACUUCCGCCUUAGACGAGUCACAAGGUGCAAGCCUGACUGCUGCAGUCAGAGCUGUUGCUUCCAACCUGCCCUCCUACACUGACGUUAAGCUGUCUGAAGCUGGAAACUAUAACAGUGCCCUUUCUGGUGCGGGGAAGACUGGCAUUGCCGCUGGUGAGGAGAGAGCGGCAAAGUUUAGGGCUGCUAGUGAACCAAGCUUGUCUAUUAAGUGUUCUUCAGGACCAGACAAGGUCUCAAGGAUUAAGAGUGACUCGAUUUCCCUUUCCACCUCGGUAGCUGUAGCUGGAAUUCAGGACAGCAAUAACAGUAACUGCCUUGACAGCACCUUGUACUUGACUGUUGACAACAGUCACAACUCAAUUGGCAACAUGUCAACCAGUGGUUCCUCUAUCAGUAUUCCAGCUUCAAAAGACCCUUGCACAGAUGCAAAGAGUCCCAGAAAGCGCACAGGCCCUAACGGAGAGUCUCAUAUUAUUCCUGUGAAGAGAGUUUUUAUAUCUCAGCAACCACUUGCUGCACAUAACAAUCCCAAAGCUGGAAUCAGUGCUGCAGUGAAGAGGAUCCCACGACCAGGAACCCCAGCCCGACCGGAAAGCGCGCCCUGCAAAGUGACUGUGAAAGCCACCUCAGUCGGCCCGACGCAGAUCCUGGCACUCUCCGACUCACCCAUCACGCACAUCCAGGGUUCUCCGACUGUUGUUAAACCGCAGGCGUUGAUGGUGAAACGGGAAAACCGUUCCCUGAGCGCCGACAUCAGCAUCGAAGCGGUAGGAACGUCUGACCAGGCCCUUUUGCAGCAGAUCACCACGGAUUCACGUGCCAUCCCAACCAACUCAGGAGCACACAAUGCCUCUGUGAUGAGCGGACUAAAGAGCACAAUAUGGGAAGAGGGUCAGCUCGAUGAACUACGGAAACACUCGUUUGCUCCGCGGAUACCAGCAGAACACAAGCAAGCGCCUACAGACCAGCUUUCUAUUAUAGCCCAAUCCUCUGACACCCAAGGCCAACUCGCCCUCGCGCAGGAGAUGGUUGACUUUGCCGGUUCUCAGCCCAGCAUGGACUACUUCCCGUUCAACGACGACGACAUGACGCAGGACAGCAUCGUGGAGGAGCUUGUCCAGAUGGAGGAGCAGAUGAAACUGAAGGGUCUGUUUGGCAGCUGCGUGGACGUUUCUCUCCAAGGCCAGCCAGCCGGCAGCCAGAGCUCCGUGCUCAAUCCUCACCAGGUAGGCACGGCUUUCUACCACUCCACCCACAGCAGCACCACUCCGGUGCAAACUCCCACGCCAACUCCCACGCCAACCCCGACACCCACCCCUACCUCUGAGAUGACGCUUGGCCACAGCCUGACAAGAGAGAGCCCCUGCUCCCGCAUGGCUCCCAUCACUCCUGUGGAUGGCGCGCUGGGUCGCCACACCCCUAUCGGCACACCGCUGUCCAACUGCAGUAGUAGCGUGCCUCCGAGCCCGGUGGAGUGCAGAAACCCUUUCGCUUUCACGCCCAUCAACUCGAGCAUCACUGCUUACCACGACGCCAGUAUUGUCUCCAGCAGCCCCGUGAAGCCCAUGCAGCGGCCCAUGGCAACUCACCCUGACAAGGCCAAACUGGAGUGGAUCAACAACCGCUACAACAGCAAUACAGCUGGCCCCUUGUCCAACCAUAGCAUCGGUAUCUUGCCUAGCUACCAAGACCUGGUUGAUGACCAGUUUCGUAAACCACAUGCUUUUGCAAUUCCCGGUCAGUCAUUUCAAUCUCAGUCCAGGCCAGAGUCAGCUCAUUUUGGCCCUUUGACGCCUAUCUCCCCCGUGCAGCAGCAAGUCUCUGGUGGGACCACUCCCACUAAACAGGAGAGUUUUGCCGUGCCUGCCCCAUUGGACAACAAGGCGGCAAUCUCCUCAGCAUCCAGUACUUUCCGCUGCCGCAGCGUCAGCCCUGCCGUACGCCAGAGGAACUUCAGCGGCAACACCGGCCCGCAGACCACCAAUACCCCCAGCACCACCCUCGCGGUCGUCUCGCCCUUUAACUCGGCCAUCACCUCCGAAGUGCUCAGUAUCCUGUCCAACACCCAGUCAGCCAGUUCCGUCCACAGCAUGGUCCAACGCAGCCAGUCUGUACCCCUGAACAUCAUGAUGCAGAGUGAGAUGUUGCCCGUGCAGGGCCCGAGUAACACUGCCAAAAUCACCAACGUUCUUCUUAGCAAGAUGGAGGCAGACGGGGAUGAGUCUGUCCGCGGCCUGGGGGUAAACAACCUCCCAUCUAACUACACGGCGCGCAUGAAUCUCACACAAAUCCUGGAGACCACUCCGGCCUUCACUGUCGGAACGUCGCACCAGACCCAACUGCCCGUCGGCUCCAGCCCGGCUGCCUUUGAGCUCCAGCAGCACGGCUACCUCGCCAACGCCAGUGGGGAGCAAGUGAGCUUCUCCGCUGCAGACAGCCAAGCACAAAAGGGCGCCAGUGAGCCAGACCAGCAACGGCAGCUCCAAGCGAUGCCGGUGCAGACUCGGCAGGAGUUGGAGGAUGAGCAGCAGCAGCUGGAUUUCAACAACACCGUCAAGGACUUGUUGGGGGACGACACCCUCAACCCCAGCUCGCAGCUGGUGGGCCAGGUCGCCUCGGAACUUAACGCGGUGGCGUCUGACUUUUCAAAUGACAUCAGACUGACCACAGAUCUGUCCAGUAGCAUCACUGACCUUAACACGUUGGACACCAAUCUGCUGUUUGACCCCAAUCAGCAGCAGGAACAAUAUGAAGACACAACACUGGAAGAACUGAAGAACGACCCGCUAUUUCAGCAGAUAUGCAGUGAUACUGUGAACGCUGGCUUUGACUGGCUGGAGAGCAAGGACCAGCCGACCACAGUAGAGAUGUUGGGCUGAUCUCACCUUUUAUUCUCUACCGCUUCUGUUCUGUGUCGCUCGUUCGUUUGGUGCGUAUCUAUCUCCAUCUGUUUUUGAAACUACAGUUCGUUGGGAUUUGUCUGGACUUUCCCGUUGGUUCUGUUAAAAAAGUGCCAGGCUUACCCUUCUCUCUUUACUUCUCUUUCUGCUGAUGUUCCAUGAGCUUCUCUUUCUUUCUCAUUUCCCGCCAUCCCCUCACUCAACCACCUUACUCCCGUGUCUACAAUCAAAAGUGAAAGUGUUGCAAAUAAAGGGGAGAAUUCAAUGGCUCAGCAUGUAGUGAUGUGUGAGGAUUUGGAGGAAAAAAAAACAUCUUCCAUGUUAGAACAAAUCAAUAGUGCAAUAUUUAUAUUGAACAAACACUUGGGAGUGAGACGGAUAAGAGAUUUGGCACAAUAUGACAUUACCAAAAAUGUAAACUAUUUUCAGUGUGUGCAGUUCAACCAAAUGUAGAUAUUCAUAGGGACGUAGUGUAGGUUGUUGGACGUUUGCCUGCCAUAUCGAAAUAUUAACAAGGGUAGUGACUCAGGCUGCCAGGUGCUGAAUUUUUGACAAAUUCUUUCUACUUUUAUCAUAAACCAAAUCAGUGGAGAACUGAUUGACGCCUGAGCAUUGUUGACAUUGUUUCUUUUCCUUAAAAGCCUAAACUCGUACUGUUGAAUAUCUUGUAAAGGGAGUAGAUGAAACAGUAGGGACACGAUGGGAUUCCAGGCCACUUGUCGGACUAAACAUUGAAAGGAAAUUAACAACUGGCUGCCUUAUUCCUUACGUCCAAGGCCUUAUGCCAUCUUUAGGGACUGUACAUAGAAAAAUGUUGAGAUAGAACCAUUCCGAGCGUCUUCGUCAUAUCAAGGCAGCUGUUACUCUUGAUAUUUUCAGCACUAUUCCUUCAUCUGUUUAUGUUUCACAGUGUUACAGCAAAGGGGCAUUUUUAAUUGUUUGUUUGUUUUUGUUUUUUUGUACAGGCUAGCGAUUACAUUGUGCACGGGCUAAUUGCUCAUUUUCGAGGAAUUUAAUACGCUGUCACAGAACCAAUGGCAGGCACGCUUUACAUCAUUAGGUUUUUGUUAGAUUUUUGCAUGCUUAAAUAAAAAUACAAAAAUCAAUGGUUUGGAGAAGGCUAAGCUACAUUAAAGGCGAGGCAAUCUGGGAAGAAAUGUGCGAUCCAGCCUUAUUUCCAUACCAAAGAUUUUGAAAAGAGAUUAUUACGUGUGGUCACUCGUAGUUCAAAUUAAAAUCAGCAGAAUUGAUUAUAAUAAAACCUUUUAUUGCAUCUAUAAAAACUAAAAGGAUUAAGUUACAUAAAUUCUAUGUACAGUAUGUACAGUAUAUUAGGGAAGUGGUCACAGGCCAAAAGCCUGCAGAAGCAUGUUGAAACCAUCACGACUAUGUGAUACAGUAGGAGGCUUACUUGAGUUUUUGGCAAUUGUCAAUGUUGUACAAGUCAUGUUAAAGCUCCGUUUGUAAAUAGGAUAGAUACAUAGAGAUUUGAUGUAUCAGGACACUAUAUUAUGGCCAUUAUUAUAGCUAAGUAUGUGUCAUUUACAAGAAAAAAAACAACGUUAAACAGAUGUAUCGUCAGCAAGAUACUGUAUGUUGUAUGUUACAUUUCUGGCUUAGAGUGUCGUAAAGGUGUAAUGCUGUCUGGUCUUAGCUUGCUGAUUUUAUUUUGACUUUUUGAGGAGGAGCAGCAGAAGGGUGUGCGCUUUGAACAGGAGGGGGGUAAAAAGUUGCGAUACUGUUAGCUUGUCGCUAACAUUUUUGCGACAAAGCCUUUCAGCAGACACUGGAUAAGAAAAAUCAUUCGCUCAUGUUGCAACAAACUUCAGAGGUUCACGUUAUUGCACUAAAUUUUUAUGACACGCGCAUUUGCCACACCUUAUGUGACAAAUGUAACGAUGGACGGCUGCAACAUAAAAAAAAAUAUUUUUUUAUGACAAGGUAAGGAAAUUACCUGUCAGAAAAUGACUAAUUGUCUUGUAGCAAAAUGUGCAUUAAUCUCAGUGAGAUACACAUUUCUUACACAUUCUCACACAUGAGAAUAUGAAGCAUUGAGGGGGGGGGGGGGAACGUUAAGAGUAACCUUUAAAAACCUACGUGCUCAUUGUGUUGAUAAAUGAUUGUACGCACGCAUGUGUGAUGUUUUCUGUUGUACUUUAUAUGUUCUCGGUGACCACUGUCUGCUGUGAUGUGGGCAGGUUCUGUUAACCAGACAGGCAGUGCCAGUUUUGUCAGCUACUUCUGUUGUUUGCUGUUUACUAAGUUAACAUUGUUCUGUUGUCUGACAUUGAUGACUGUUUUACUGUUGAUUUUACAUGUCUCAAAGUUCAGUUGUGAAGACAUGUUCCCGUAUUUUUAUUUUUAUUUUUAUUUUUUUCAUUGAAGGCACUGAUAUUUGAAUUCUCAAUGAAGGAAAUGCACCUCUUCUGAGUUCCAUCAAGCAGGAAUUUUACCUUUGACUGACCCGGAACCAACUCUGUUUGACUCUUUAAUUCAUUUCUACCAGUAUAAGAAAAAAAAAACGAAAAAAAAACCUCCUCUGUGAUGUUGUCUGGUGUACUGCUUAAUGUACAGUAGCUUGUGAAUAUUGCAAACGCGUUGUUUCUUUCUUUUUCUUUUUCAAUGGAAAGUACUCACUGGUGAGAUUUGUAAAGUGGUUUUAAAAGCCAAUAAACUUUUUUCAAGAA